AUGGCGUCCGCCGAAGAGACAAAGGACACCGCUACGUCCCACUCGCUCGCACCUACCGACGACGAGGCACCCCCGGCCGAUGACGCUGUCCUCGACCUCGGAAAGAAGAAGAAGAAGAAGGUCAAGAAGACCGAAGAUGGCGAGGGCGCCGACGGAGAGGCCGCUGCCGAUGGCGGUCUCGACUUGACGCUGAAGAAGAAAAAGAAGAAGAAGGUUCCCAAGGAGGGAACUGAGGACGAAUUCGCUGCCAAGUUGGCUGCUCUGGACCUCGAGAAGGACGGAGGAGAUGGCGAAGAGACGGCUGCCGGUGAGCAGUCAGGCGACAUGGAGCAGGGUACCGGUAUCUGGAAGCACGACGAGACCAAGGAAAUUUCGUACGAACUGUUGCUCGAACGAUUCUUCAGCCUACUUUCACAGAAGAACCCCGACCACGCCUCCACCGGCUCGCGCAGCUACAAGAUCCCUCCUCCCCAGUGUCUCCGAGAAGGAAACAAGAAGACCAUCUUUGCCAAUAUCGAGGAGAUUUGCAAGCGUAUGAAGCGUUCAUCGGAGCACGUCACAGCAUAUCUCUUUGCCGAAUUGGGUACCAGCGGUUCCGUAGCCGGAUCCAAACAGUUGGUCAUCAAGGGUCGCUUCCAGCAAAAGCAAAUCGAGAACGUGUUGCGCAAGUACAUCAUAGAAUAUGUGACUUGCAAGACGUGCCGCUCGCCGGACACGGAUCUUAACAAGGGCGAGAACCGACUGUACUUCAUCACAUGCAACUCCUGCGGUUCGCGUCGGUCCGUCACUGCCAUCAAGACUGGUUUCUCUGCCCAAGUCGGCAAGAGAAGAAAGAUGCAAGGUUAA